AUGGACGCUUGCCUAAGCGUCGAGAGAGAAUUGGAAAGGUUGUCGCAAAAAUACAACAACAUAAAGGAACAUACAGAUACUUCGUUGGCAGAAUUAAGCAACCAGAUUUCAAAUGUUCAAGAGGAGUUAUCGAAAAGUGAGAAAGAAGCUACAUUUAAGAUUUUAUUUCUACUAGAGAUUUCUCUCCAAACUCGUUUUUACAUACCGAUAAUCGCCAGUAUCGUUUGAGUAUCUUAUUUUAAUUACUGGGAUUGUACAGGAAAAUGUAUCUCUUCAUAAUUUACAUAUGUAUAAGAAGCGUUAUUUUUUAUUAAGCUGUACAUUCAUAGUUAAUUCUACCCUUACGCACAUUUCAAUUCUUUUAGCAUUACGUAAAAUUGUACGGAAACCAAAACAGUUUACGCUCUUUACAAAUGCACGAUUUUCUGAUUUUCUUUCGCUAUAAGUUGUUUCAAUUUAUAAUUUAACAUAUAAUUUUAACUAGAAAUCAAUUAUAUUUUGUGAAAUUUAGAAUGAAUUUUGGGAAUUGUUGUUAAUCUCAAUUUAUUUCUAAAUUGCUGUCAUUCAAAUGGAAACAUUUUUAUUUUCAGUUCAUGGAUUGAAUUCAUUGAAAUUCGAGUGUGAUUAUUGACAAAAAAAAAAUUACAAAAUGAACUGAUUCAUAAUGCCAACAUAAUAGGACUUAAACAUUACUAAGCUGAAAAAAUAUUUUUUAAUUCGAAUUCAAGGAGUAAUUGUGGUACUAACUUUUAUUUGAAACUUUUGUGAAACAUCCAAUUUUAAGAGAAGGAAUGAUCCUCAUGGUUGAGCAGCAAUUCAUAAAAUUGUAGAAAAAAAAGCUUGAAAAAAAUUCUGGGUUAUGUGACUCCUUCUUUAUUUGUUUUAUUUGUUUCAUUUGAUUUUGGUCCAAGUUUUACCUUUUUUUCAUUUGUAUAUGUAGUGAGUAAAGAUGAUGAAGUAUCCCCAUUACAGCUACACCUCCUUAACCAGUCUUCCAGGAAGAUUAAAGACACAGUUUCAAAACUAGCCACAGAGCACAAAGAACUGCAUGGUGGGAUCUCAAAGAUAGGAAAAGCUGUUGAUAGAGUAAGCCAUAAUAUGUUGUAUGAGAGGAGAAAGUUGGGGCUGUUUCAAGGCCUAGCUGGGACAAUAUGUGUUCUAUUUAAGUUAAAAUAUUUUUUGUCUUUUUAGUUUGUAAAUUUCUACUGGCUUGUUGUUAUUUGCACAUGUACAUCAGAGGAGGUAUUCAGUCAAGUCACCAACGGUCCAACUUGCCGACGCCAACUCGCUGACGUAUAAAAUUGGGUAGAGACAUCGGCAAGUUGGUCCACAAUCCAAUACAACUAGAACAGCUUAAGAUGUGAUCUUUAGUAAAAAGCAAUUCUUUUUAUUUGCAACAAAGUUUAGUAAGAUCCUUAUAAACUUUGUGGCAAAUAAAGAGAAUUGCUUUUAACUAAAGAUCUUGUCUAGAAAGCCAAGUUUUCUUUAAAAAAUCUGAGCGAUUGACAUGAUGAGUCUUUACAGUGUUGUUGUCGCACAAUAACUAAUUCGCGUCUUAAGCUGUUCUAGUCAUUGGUGAUGUUCACCAAUGUUCACCAAUGUUUAAGCUUCUGUUUGAUGUUCACCAAUGUUCACCAGUGUUUUUUUACUAAAUAUCGUUUACUUUUCUGUAUGUUCAACUUCUAAUAAGUUGUAUUGGAUUGAGGACCAACUCGCGAUGUCUCUACUCAAUUUUAUACAUUGGCGAGUUGGCGUUGGCGAGUUGGACCAUCGGCGAGUUGACCAUAAUUCAUCAGAGGAUAAUGCCCUCUGCUGAAAGAUAGUUUCCAAGUUUUAUUUUUGUUCUCAAAUCUUUGCCUCUCUACCAACUUUUCAAUUUUCAUGUUCUUGAUAACAUGAUAACAUAAAAAAAGAAGAGGGAAAGCAUUGCUUUGUCAGUUUUUGCUGCAGUUGAUACUCCUGUAAUAUUAUUCGUGUUCUGACGGUUUUCCUGACAGCCCUCAAAUUCCACAAAAUCUAUCAGAAAACUCCUUUAAAUGCUGAAGGAACAAUACAAGUGCAGUUUGACUCAAAAAUUCGAAGUCCACUUUAUUUUGUAUGUGUGACCAAACAUAUAACAUAAUAAAAAUUUAAAUCAUUUGAAUUAACCAAUGAGCACAUGCCUGAAAUUGAACAAUAAUAAUGAAAGAAAGUCCUAAUUGUGUGCCACGGCGUAAGUGCUAACUGAGUUCUUUCAAAGUUUUUAUCAAUGCCAUAAAUGCAGAAAAGGUUGCAUUAAUAUGUAUUAUUGAUUGUUGCUUUCCAGAAUUUUGUGAUAGAUAACACAACAUGUAGUCAACCAGGGGUGUUUGAUGGUGAAAAUGCAUCUCUGCUGAAUGAAGUUUUAUGUGAGCAUCUCUUGCGACAAGGGAGAUUAGACAUUGCUGAAGAGUUAAUAAAGGUAAGGAUUUAAUCUGCUAAAAUCCAUGAUCUGAUUCUGUUGAUUCUUUUUUACCUGUAGGAUAACACUAUUUUUAGAUUUCAACUUCUUUGUUACCCACAGGUUAUAGGUUUUAGUUAAAAAGUGUCUCUUUUUGGGUGUAUAGGAAUAGUAUACAUGUGUUUUUAUUAUCUUAGCUGUCAGCCUGUCCAGGAUGUGUUAAAUGAUAUGGCUAUUAAUUUUAUUUUUUUAAGAUUUUUCUCAUACCAUACAGCAGUGGUGGAUCCAGGAGAGGGGCCUAGGACCCGCCUUGUUCUGGGUUAAAAAAAAAAAAAAAAAGAAUCAUAGAAGGAAGAAAAACUAGCAGGGCAAGUGACAAAAAAAACCGGGUUCUCCCCUUAGCUCAAGGUCUGGAUCUGCCACUGCUGUACAGUGCUUUCAAUAAGAUUUGAAGUAGCUUACUACCUCCAUAAAGCAUUGCUGGAGAGUACCAAUAUUUUGCUCUCAUUGGCCCAUUAGUUCCAUUCGGAAUAAAAUGGCUUCAAACAGAGUUUUCUAUGGUUAACUUUGGUAAAUGAUCAUUAGAUUUUAGUGUCCUUUGUAAAAAUUGUUUAACUGAUUGUUUAUUUUGUAAUCAAAAUCCUCCAUUUGUUGACUUGCAAACCUACUGCCUGAGAUUCACACAAACUGUCCUCCAAACGGGCAUAUGGAUACUGGUUACUGAAACUUGAGUCAAUGCAAUGUAUGUUCUCGUAAACUGAAAAUCUUAUUUUGCCUGGAGAUGUGGUAUACGCUGUGAUAAGACAAUGUCAGUAGUUUUUACUCAAAACUUGUUUAUAAAGGUAAAAGUUGUCUGAAAUAAAUCUAAAAGAUCUCUAGUCAUUUCAGGUCUCACUUGUUGAGUUUGUUUGAAAGCUUUCAAAAGGUCACAGAAAGAUCAAGAACAGUGGCAACUAUCCAACAUUGCUAAUGCUAAACACUUUCAACAGGCAGUCAACAAAAAUAAUAUAGAUAAUAUCCUGUGUGCAUCAAAUUUCUGUAUACACUUGUUCUCAAAUUUUGAGGCUACUAUAUUUGCCUUGCCAAGCCAGACUCUAUUGUUUUCCAUUCAUGCAUCCUUCUUUGACUCACAGUUCCUUAAAGUAUUUGAAUUGCAAUGGCAUGAUCUUUGUUUACAGAGUUUUCUUCUGCUUGCAAUUGGAAACAAACCUCUCACUCCCCUGCCUUGAAGUGCUGGAUGUAAAUUUUGUGAUUGCAAGUCUUUCGUUUUUUGUUGCUUUCUUUGUUUUACUGGGUGAAAUUAAAGAUAUGCAGCAGUGAAUUCCACUAGUUUUAUUUCUUUGAAAAACCCUACCUUCAUGCUAGUCUUCAGAAUUGUUCAUUACUGGUUGAUUCAGCUUCUACUAAUGCUCACAUAAGAUAAUUGAAUUAAAUCAAUCAGCCAAUGAAUUUUAGCUGUUCCCACAGCUCAUGUUUCCUAUCAGAUUGUAAACAAUAGUUGAGCCACCAAUUGCUUCUCAAACAAUCACUCACUCAUUGAAGCAUUAGCUUACAAAAAGGUCUUCAUCGAUAUUCGCAGCAAAUGCAGCCUUUUUAUAAAAGGUUAUUUGAUAAGUGUUCAAUGGACUUUUCAAUCUCUCUCUUCAUAGCUAAGCCUAGGUUAAUUAUCUUUAAGCAAAGUUAACAUCUUUGCAAAAAUUUCCAAAUUUGAUAUAUAUGUGCUAUUCAUCAAUUUUGAUUUUCAAGUUUGUUUUCUAACUAGCAUAUAAAAUGUAUACAAUUAAGGCAAUUUAAACAUUCUCAGCCAUAUUUGCUACACUGUAAUAAAUAUUACAAUCUGAGUUUGUUAACACUUACAACAGGAAGCCAAUCUGCAGAUUGACGAUUCACGAAGAGAACCUUUCACUGAACUCAACAGAAUCCUGGAGGCUUGUAGAGAGAGAAACUUAGACCCAGCUCUACAGUGAGUGAAUACAUUGGGUUUUUUUUUUCCUUAAAAACUCUAGAGAGCAUUACAGGUACAUAUAAGUCUUAGAAAUGAGGGGUAUGUACAUGUAACUGUUGUUUCAUUAAAGCUCAAGAAAUUUUUUUCCUCUUCCUUAAUGGGAUACAAGUUCAUGACUGUCUUUUAUAUAUAGUAGUAAAAAUUUUACCUACCUAGAUGAGCCAAAGACUACCUGCAGAUUCAUGCAAUUUUUAUACUUACAUUUUUACAUUGUUAUGAACAAAAAAGUGUCCAUAACAGUGGGUAGGUGGCCCAUACUGUCAGUAGUCUGUCACCUUUUGCAGGCUACUGUACCUUAUUUUCUUUGAUUAUUGGUGACAAAAAAAUUUUACAAUAUUGAAACACCAAAUGAUUUUGUUCAGUAGCCAUUUCUUUAUUUUAUAAGGAAUUAAAUGCAUAAUUAACCAGUAACAUGGAUUCCAUGUUCAGAAUUUACUUGAAUAAUGCUGUAAAGUUUGGUGAACACCCAGACAUUCUCAUUUUAUAGUUCCCAGUCUCUGUAUUCUGAUUAAACAAUCACAUCAUUUGAGGAAUGUUGGCUGCCAACCAUUUCUCAUCUGUGUUCUUCCUUUAAAUUAAGUAGAGUUUUGCAUGUCUGAUAGAAGUUCUUAACAAAACGGAAAGAGACUCAAGUGUAACUUGAGUAUGUAAAUGAAUAUUCAUUAACCAUUCUUUAGAAUAACAUUUUGUGAUCUUUAAUCCAACCACAGAAAACAACAAAUAUCCAUAAAACAUUGUAGCAUUUUCACUUACACUUUCGCAAUUAUUCUGAGAGGCAACCAUUAUUAAAACAUCUUAUUAAGUAUUUAUCAGUUUUGUCUUUGCACUUCACUUCCUGUCAUGUCACUUAACCCUUUAUACCCUAACAUAAGUAUACAUUUUUUCCAUCCUGUCGUCUAAACAUUUCCGUUGGGUCUUACAAGGAGAGGUAUGGGUCAAAAGGUUGAUAACAUUGCUCUAAAAGUUACCAUUUCUUUUUACUGUGAAACUUGAUAGAGUAAGUAAGGGCUUUUAAAUUUUAGAGAGUUAAAUUGUCUGUGCUUGUCGGGUUUCUGUAUCAAAAAUGAGCCCUCACUUUACUUUUCUUGUGAUUUAGAUAUACAUUUGUGUCUUUUUUUUGUUUUUGUUUUUUCAGAUGGGCUCAGUCCAGACACAUGGAACUCAAACUAAGGGGGAGUUCUCUUGAAUUUAGAUUACACAAAUUAAAAUUUCUUGAUCUUCUUAAGGAGGGUCAACAUAAGGAGGCCCUUGAGUACUCAAAACAAUUUGCAAGCUUUGCCUCAGACCAUACUAAAGGUAAGACAAGUGUUUUUAAAUUUUUAUUUUGGACAGAAAGUUCUUUAAUGUUUUCAUGAGCUUUGCAUCAGACCACUGUGUUUUAAAGAGCACAUCUUUUACUCUUUUCUCCAUAGAUGUACAACAGCUGAUGGCAUGUCUCUUGUACAGUCGCAAGGGUAUUGAGAAUUCACCAUAUGCUUCUUUACUGGACCCAGUUCAUUGGCUUGACAUCUGUGAUGUGUUUGCUAGGGAUGCCUGUGCAUUGUUAGGUUUGUCGUUAGAGAGCCCUCUACAGGUGUGCAUCACAGCAGGCAGUGUGGCUCUACCAUCACUUCUUCAGAUCAGACAAGUUAUGCAGCAGCGACAGGUCACAGGUGUGUGGACAUCUAAAGAUGAACUUCCGGUAAGUAUUUUUUUAAAUCACUGUGGAAUAAGUUGUGAUUUUCUAUUGCAACAUCGUUGUGUUUUUAGAAGAGUGUUAAUUUUAGAACUACUUGUGUUCACAAUGACAGCACAUAUUGAGACAAUUCGACUUUAAUCCUCGAUGAUCUUUUCCUCUCCCCCUCUUGAGCCCCCAACCUCUUAACUUCAUUAAAAAAAAUAGGCACCCUACGGGUUCACGAUUCCACGUUGCGCUUUUUGUUUACACCGGGUCUCAAAUAUCCUCUUAGGAGGCUCAAAUAUCCUCUUACAAGACUCACUUAAGACUUUCUUAAGCGCCGCUUUUAGUUAGAAAGGUUCUUAAUAUGCAAGGCAAACCCAUAGAGGGUUCAUUUUGCAGAGUUAGAGCUGAAAGCAAUCGAGAGUGAUGUGACUCAUCAAAUCAGAGGUACAGCCGAACCGAAAAAAAAAGCUAUCCGAACUAGGCAUAACUCUAAGUAAAUAGGUUAUUGAAUGCUCUACUGAAGGUAACGAUUGUGCAACUAGAAUCAAAACUACCACUUCCUUGAUGAAGUUGAGCUCGACUCUUAGAAAAAGCACCCGCAUGCAAACGGUGCGAACAAAAGUGAAAGUCAAAGUGGCUGUGGGCCUCUGAACUCGGAAAAUGAACUAUGAAGGGGUGAAAUACCGAGGCCACUGAACUGACUUCGUAUUUUGAAACUUUUGGUCCUCUGACUGAUGGCACACUGUCACGCUCAAAUUAAGGUUGCUUGCUUAGCGCAAUGGAUUGUGCUUCUCCCCAUGAGCGAAAGGUCGAGGUAUCCACCCCAGGCGCUUUCUCUUUUUUCAUUUUCCUCUUUUUUUUUUAAUUAUCUUUCACAAGCAUAUGAUAUUUAAUCUCUUCAUUCGGAACGUCACCUUUUUCUGAACAGAAAUCGGCAUUCGUGAAGCCAAUUACCGAAGCAUUACGUCUGUUUUUCCUUUUCUGCUUUUUGAAAAAAGGGGAGGUCAUUCCAGAAUACAGUUUAUCGAUCAAUAUUGUGUUUUUGUGCGAUCGAGUAUCCAAAUUCCGGAUCAACAAGGGUUAAAAAUAAGGCUUAUAGAUGCUGAAAUGCAAGACAGCUUGUCGCCCUCAUUAAUCAGUACAUUUAUCUGAGAGCCUCGUCUGCGCAAGAUUUGUGUAACCCUGAGUUGAGAUCUUAUGCAUGUAGUCUUAAUUUCAAUCGAAUUUUCAUUCAUCAGUAAAAUUAUCUGGUGUCACAUCUUAGCUGUCGGUUAAAUACACGUUAUUUUUCAGCAGACUGUUAAAAUUUUGACUAAUUCUACGCCAUCAGUUGAGCCCCAUGUGGGAAUUCGAACUGACCAUGCGAAAGCAAUGUACACUAGCGGACUUACCAAAAAGCUAACAGAAGUGGAACGAAGGAGUGAUUGAGUGACCAAUGCAAGGGGUGAAUUUUGGGUCAUAACAAUAACUAGGAAAUUUGCUUUCAGCCAUUUUCCCAAAUGAUUUACUGUAAUGUUUGUAUGUGUAAGCCCGCCACGAACGAUGGGAAUGUUUACGGACGAACUCGUGGGCACGAUAACAAGGAGUCUACGUUGCCUCAAACCGUAGACUCAAAAAGCAUUCCAUCUUUUUCUGGGGAUAGGGAAUCAUGCAUGAUUUAUUUGAUAACAAUUUCUACUACUAAGUCUUGGUAUUUUGAGCGAUUGAUGUGUUUUAGAGCAUCUUUUGACUUUUGUAAAAAAUUUUAAGCUUUUUCGUAUGGGUCAGUAUGUAACUACUUGUAAAUAGAUAUAUCGGCCAUUCAUAUCUGUUAUAAUGGGAGAACGUGGUAUAUUUUUGUAAGGUAUGAAUUAAUGUAAUGAGUCUCCAAACGGGUGAAGGGACUUUUGGCUGCCUAUUGAGACUGUGUGUUCACUGCUUAACCAAUGUCCACAUGCAACUGUCUCAAUCGACCCCAGUUGAAAUGAAUUUCAAUGUUUUCUUGGAACACCCCUUUCAGUAUUCUUACCUUUUUAUAACCAGCCCUGCCCUUUGACUUGGGACUUUAAAUGCACGUCAGAAAAGCCAUAUGGAAAUACUUUCUGACCACGUUUCUGUAGAACCAAAUUACUACUAGCACGAGAUUGAUAGUAAUUGAGGUCUUAUUAUUUGUUGUUUAUGUUUUCAGGUUGAAGUUGACCUCGGCCCACAGUAUCGUUACCAUUCACUGUUCGCCUGUCCCAUUUUACGGCAACAGUGUACAGAUGCAAACCCUCCCGUUCGACUGUCAUGUGGUCAUGUGAUCUCUAGAGAUGCUCUCAACAAGCUCACAAACGGAAACAAGUACGUCAUGACGUGUUAUGGAAUAACUUGCUAUUUUAGUUUUAAAGAGUAAUCGCAAUCUCGUCCAUACUAGAGGAAGUUUUAAGUCUUUUAAGUCCGCGCCCAGUCACUUUCCAUUGUUAGCUUAGCUCUAACAUUAAGAAUUCCGUUAUAAACCUUAGAUCUUAAGAUUGUUAUCAUUAACGACAGUGAAUAUUUGAAUGUCAUACAUUUGUUGGUGACCGUCGCAUAACUUUGAUGAUCACUCUCAUCUUCAUUGUCACCAAUCUCUCUCAAAGAGAGCAUUUCAUUUGAGUAUCUUAAACCUAGAGCCAGAAUUGACAACGACCAGUCAUAAUCAAGGGAACGAAAGGAAAAGAGAAAAGGGAAACUCAGGCAAAUUGCUUGAAGCACGUGAAAGUGCGAAUGAUCAAAGUGCGGUUGGUUUUCUUUUAGCAUUAGAUUGGUUGAUAAGGGUGUGGUUAAUUAUGGAAAACCUAUCUAAGCACCCUAUUGUUCUCUUACCAACUGAAAAGCUCAUUGUUUUCUGUCACCAGAGUGAAGUGCCCUUAUUGUCCGCUGGAGAUGACUCCAGGCGAUGCUCGACAAAUUAAUUUUUACUGAGAGACACCAUAAAGAAACAUUCUAGUUGCGCAUUCCACAGCGGUCCGUUGUUAUAAUCAAGCAUAUCAUACUCUACGUGGCACUUGUUAAAUUUUAUUUGAAGAGAUCACGGUGCUGAACUCAAGGACAGGGAAAGUCUGAUACCCAGGGGUUCACCGGUACGCUCGACGUCAAGAAGUGGACAGUCAGACCGAAUGAAAAAACUUGGUAUUCGGUCGCAUCGUUGAUCGCCGAUCGCCGAUGUUUUCCAAACUACUUUUAUUCUACCAAGCACUUUCUGUUUUUGCAAUGAAGUAGGCUGAGUUCAAAAGGCAAAUGUAGCUUUUUAAGAUUCGUGUCAGGGGUGCGGGUUUCGAGAAAGGGCCGGCCAGGAUUUUAAACGAUAUGCGACGUGAGUGAAUGGAAAACUUAACUCACAGUACAUUGUCUUUAUGUUUAGUUUUGAUCGACAUUGUCUCGGAAACAUCUUCAAAGGGCCAACACCGCCUAUGAAACAAGCUUUUACUCUCUCUCGACUCAGUGCGCAGACAUAGCUGCCAUGUCUUGUAGUCUUUCUCAAACAAGGUUAGGUCAUUCAACAACGGAACUGAGGGCUUCAGCCGGAAUUGUAUGUGUCUGACAAUCAAUGAGCAUUUUUAACAUCAACUAUAUUGCAUGUUUGGCACAUAAAUCACUGAUAUCUUUGUCGCCCAUAUCUAAAACACUUAGAUUUGUUGUAAAUAUUAAUUAAUUUUAUGAGGAAUCAGGAAAUGGCUUUUUAACGUUCUUUACUCUACGGUCAACCGCGAAAUUCUUACCAAGGUGUUUCCGUAAGUCAUUGCGUGCAAAACGUGUGAGGCUAUGACUAUUCACAGACUGAGGGAAAAAAAGAGAUAAAGGUAUAUCUAUAUUUAGGAAGCAUGAAAUGUAUAUUUUCCAGAUGUAUUUGUGGCCUUUGUUAUAGCUAUAAGCGCGAAAAAGUUAACGAAGGUAAGGGUGUACAUACUGUACUAUAAAUGAAGUUUAUGAGGUAUACAGCAUUACAGUACUUAUGAGUUGUUCAACUGUUUCGCAACUGCAUGAAAAGUUGCUGUUUUCCUGUUUUCGUUCCAUAAGAUUGAGAAGUGUUUUGAUGAUUUGUGGCUUCUGUUAUGUAGAUAUUAUCAAUUGUUUAAUCACUUUUUAUCUGCUAUUUAUACAAUUUUCACAGACUUCCAAAACCCUGAGGCUAUCAUUUUAGUCUCGUACAAUUCCACUGAGGUUUUCUCACGCUUUCAAAUGAUUUAUACCGAUCGGAUAAUAACCCUAUUAUACUGAUCGAAAAAAAAACCCUAUUUAAUAUAAUUUUUCAAGAAUUUUCCUUUAGGCUUUAAAGGAAAUACCAUAUUCUUAGUUGGGUGAGUUGUUAACUCUGUGUAACAGUACUGUUUUUUGUGGUUGAAGCUAAUUAAAUAUUUUUGAAGGCCCGAUCGAGUUCUUGUUAUUCUAGCAUUUUAAGAAUUUAUUGGCUGGAAAUAAUGACUCAAAGCAAAAACGUGCUCAUUAACUAAGUUAACGCCAUUUUGUAAUGCGCUGUUUCUUUGUUCCAAGCCAUGGAAGUUUUCAGGUUGUCUUUAUAGAACCUUUUUGUCUUUUUCUUGAACAAGAUCGAACUUCAGCUUUGAUCAUUGCGUCAAGGGCGGAGAAAACUGCUCGGGCGAAUACAAUGGUGUAGGUGCCGCGGCCGUGUCUGUUUCUAGUCUAACCGAAAAAUCCUUGCACAAUUAAACCGCAAUCGGCGUUCUUUGGACAGUCUUCGGUGUAACAGUCGUCGACCAUUGGGAACAAGUUGUCUUGUAAAGAAGUCUGCAGCGAAGUGAGGGUGGCUCCAAACACAUUCAUCCAGGCAGUUUGGAACUGUUUUCGGAAUACUUCAUGUUCUCUGUCAAUUUUUGCGAAUUUUUCCAAAACUUCUUCCGUUAAAAUUUUCUUGGACGACAAUAGCUUGACUUGGUGUCCCUUCUUCAUUUUCAAGGAAUUUGAAAUGUCUUUACUGUACUUCAUUUAUAGACAAACUCCCCUUAAACUUACUUCAAGGAAAAGACGGUUUUCUCACCAUAAAAGCAGUUGAAGUAAGGCAAUGACUUCACUGGCACGUUGAAAUACUCAAUGCGUGUUAUUUCGAGAUACGUAUUUAUAGACCAGUUCGCAAAUGCGCAUUGAUAUCUUAAUUGCGUGAAGUUAGGGUGGCUAAACAAAACUCUUUGCACGCAAAGUCUGGUUUUCUAUUGUUUAUGACGAGCCACUCAUUUCACCCUAUCGAAACCAG